AAAGAAAAUUACUAUGAUGUAAGCCCUCGUUUCUGCUCUGAAGACUGAAGUUAUAACCGGUGAAGUUGGUUGUCCUCACGCCAUUCAUUAUUGUACCAGGCUCUUCAUCAAUGAACUCCAAUGGUUACCCUGCUUCCUCCUUCAAAAUCCCCACCGUCAAGUUCACCAAGCUCUUCAUCAAUGGACAUUUUGUUGAUUCACUUUCAGGAGGAGAAUUUGAGACAAUAGACCCAAGAACCGGAGAGGUGAUUGCAAGGAUUGCAGAGGGAACCAAAGAAGACAUUGACCUUGCCGUCAAAGCGUCUCGUCUGGCUUUCGACCAUGGUCCAUGGCCUCGUAUGCCUGCCGUAGAAAGAGCAAGAAUUAUGAUGAAAUGGGCUGACCUAAUUGACCAACACGUAGAAGAAAUUGCAGCACUGGAUGCCAUUGAUGCUGGAAAGUUGUACCAUAUGCUUAAGGCUAUUGAAAUUCCUGCAACAGCAAAUACUAUACGUUAUUAUGCUGGUGCUGCUGAUAAAAUUCAUGGAGAGGUAUUAAAGCCGGCACGGGAGUUCCAUGCAUAUACUUUACUUGAACCAGUUGGUGUUGUGGGACAUAUCAUUCCUUGGAAUUUCCCUAGCAUCAUGUUUGUCUCCAAGGUUAGCCCUUGCUUGGCUGCUGGUUGCACAAUGGUCCUCAAGCCUGCUGAACAAACACCUCUUUCAGCUUUGUUUUAUGCUCAUCUAGCUAAACUGGCUGGAAUUCCAGACGGAGUGCUCAAUGUAGUCCCCGGAUUUGGCGCAACUGCAGGUGCUGCAAUAUGCUCAGACAUGGACAUUGAUAAGGUCAGUUUUACAGGUUCAACAGAAGUAGGGCGUGAAGUAAUGCGUGCUGCAGCUAACAGUAAUUUGAAACCAGUUUCACUUGAACUAGGAGGCAAGUCACCAUUCAUAAUUUUUGAUGAUGCAGAUCUAGAUAAAGCGGUUGAGCUUGCUCUCAUGGCCGUAGUAUAUAACAAGGGAGAAGUUUGUGCUGCAGGCUCCCGCGUAUUUGUUCAGGAAGGGAUCUAUGAUGAAUUUGAGAAGAGGUUGGUGGAGAAGGCAAAAGCUUGGGUUGUUGGGGAUCCCUUUGAUCCUAAUGUUCAGCAAGGGCCUCAGGUUGACAAAAAGCAAUUUGAAAAAAUUCUUUCCUACAUCGAGCAUGGAAAAAGAGAAGGGGCCACCCUUUUGACAGGGGGCAAAAGAGUGGGUAACAAGGGUUACUACAUUGAGCCAACAAUUUUCUCUAAUGUUAAGGAGGACAUGCUUAUAGCACAAGAUGAAAUAUUCGGUCCCGUGAUAGCACUGAUGAAGUUUAAGACAAUUGAGGAAGCAAUUAAAAGUGCUAACAACAGCAGAUAUGGCCUAGUAGCAGGUGUUGUGACCAAGAGCUUGGACACAGCAAACACAAUGUCAAGGUCAAUUCGUGCAGGGGUUGUUUGGAUCAACUGUUAUUUUGCCUUCGAAAAUGACAUUCCUUAUGGAGGAUGUAAGAUGAGUGGAUUUGGAAAAGAUUCUGGAUUGGAAGCCCUACACAAGUACCUACAUGUUAAAUCCGUUGUAACACCCAUUUACAAUUCUCCUUGGCUUUGAAUUCCUGUGUCUUGUGUGUGUGAAUGUUGUAAACUAUACUAUCCAAGACACGAGUUUCUAUCAAUAUCCUUUGUCUAAGCAAAUAAAAUUGGGGACAUUUUUAUUUUGCAUGCAACCAAUUUUACAUGCAUGUAUCA